CAGAUCUUCCAGAACAUCCGUCAGGAGUACAGCCGCUACCAGAGGCGACGGCAGCUGGAGGGGGCCUUCAACCAGAGUGAGGCUGCCUGCAGCUCCACCGAUGCCCCCAGCUCCUCCCUCACCGCCCCCAGCUCCCCGCCAGGUGAGACCCUGCGAGAGAGAGAUGGACACACGUGUACAUACACACACACACACAGGGGGGGGCUGGAGUUGUUGAUGUUGUGCGAGGUGGGCCAACAACCGAGUCACCUGCCAAACCACGUCACCACCCAUAUGGUGUUCAGUGUGCGCAUGCAGCGGUAAUACAAACCCCAAACAUUUCAGCCUCCACAGACGUUACAUAACGAUGCUUGGAGUUGGUAUAUGUUUUUAUAGAUCCCAUUGGCUCAAGUAUAGCUGGUCAGCACAGUCUCAUUAUUUUCAAUGUUUCCAAACCCAUAGACAAUUACUACAUUGACUUGAAUGUGAAUGUCUGUCGCUCCGUUCUAGUAAUUAUAUUUCUGUCUCUCCUAGUUCCGAGAGCAUUGCCUGGAAUUUAGCUUUAAAAGCUUUGGUCAGAAAUUCAGAAUGGGUCAAAGUCCACUUAAAGGCCCAGGGCAUGAAUCAUUCAGCCUCCCCUGGAUCCAGCUCCCAAGCUCAGAAGAAGACUUGGAGAAGGGGCCUCUUUAGUGCCACAUGACCCUCUAGGCCACUGGUUCCCAACCUUUUUUUAACCAUGGCGCACCUUGAUGGGAUAUUACAUUCUGCGGCACACCUAAAAUGUCCCUAUUAAUUUAUUUAGUGGUAAUGACCUCUCAUUUUAUCUGAUUCAUACUGCAAACCAUCUAUUUUCUGUGACAAACGUUUUUUAUUAAAUAUGGUUUAUUUGAAAUAUUUUUAUAGUUUUGAUAGUUCCAUACUCAUGAUGGUUAACUUGUGUACCCUUUUAAGAGCGUCCCGUGAAUCUGUGGCGGAAAGAAGCCAGAAGAAGAAAAUGAAUCUCGGGUAUAAUUGGUCUUCAGUGUUGAAUGUUUUUUGGGGCUACAGAUGAGCGGUUUUCUGCAUUGUAAAGGGGCAACCAUGGACACAAGGCCAUGUUCCGUUUGUUUCUAUAGCAGAGGCUGUGGUAUAGCUAAGGCCAGAGACACACGUAUUAAGAAAUAAAUGACUCUGGCUAAGCCUAAUCAGACUUGCCUGUGCUAAUGGUUCUCACAGGUGAAGUAAAAUUAUACAAAUGACUUUGCUCAUGAUGCGUGCCCCUCAAAUGAUACAAAUGUAACAACAUCCUGAGCACACUGGACUUGAAACAACGAUACAGAUGUAACCAUGUGCCAUUUCAUGUUUUAUCUGACCGGCACUAGUGCUCCCAAGUAAACAUUCCAUGUGCAUUCCACAGGUCACGUUUAUAAGUGUGUAAACAUAACAACCUAGAUUAGGAAAGGUUUUGCGGCACACCUGAGUUCCUCAACGCACACCGGUUGGGAACUACUUCUCUAGGCUGCUGCUGAGUCGAAGGUGACAAAAAAAAAGUAAUAAAUUGUCUUGCGCAGACUCUGUCACCUAUAGUGUAUGUAUGGAUGACAUGGGGAAUGUCAGCCUAUUUCAAAUCUCACUGUGUGUGUCCCAGGUGCCUCGAGGAAGGACCAGCCGUCGUUCACACUGAGGCAGGUGAGCUACCUGUGUGAGCGCUUGCUCAAAGACCACGAGGAAAAGAUCCGGGAGGAGUACGAACAGAUCCUCAACACAAAACUUGCAGGUACAGACAGCACUUGGCAUAUCACCAUCCUUAAACUGAAGUCAAAAUGGCUUUUCACGUUACUUAGCCAAGCCGAAACAAGCUGAGCUGGCAUGGUUACGCAUCCACUGUAGAUGCUGGAACGUGCCAAAACAGAAAAUAAAAUGUCAGAGCGAGCACAGUUUGGUUCGGGUCGACUCGAUAGUGUGAAAAGGGCAGUUUCGUUUGUCACAGCUGCGUUUUUCUUCUCUUUCUUUUUUUUUUUUAACAUGUUUUCACACCCUUUAGCACUAGCAAUGAAGAAAGACUGA